AUGGGCGAUUUCCGCGGCUUUAUCCACGGAUUAGUCGGGGCCACCCGCCGGAUACUGUGCGACACGUUGUGCGUGAGCGAUUGCGAGUCCAUCCCCAGAUUCCGUGGCACGCCAUUGGCCAGUGGGGCCCAUGUGGAUCAACGAUCGGUUACAGGCCGAGCCGGCUGUGCAGGGGCGAUUUACUAUACACUGUUAGCCACGGCGGCUAUAUAUGCCCAAGGUGGCGCAGUAGUGCAGCAGGUGGCUCGAUUCAAGGAGAAAUUAGCCGUGUUGGUGCAUGUAGUGUCCGGACAGCUAGCACGCGCACCCAAGUUGUUAAGUAUCCAGCAGGUAAAUACAGCGACCAAUCAACAGCGCAAUAUUUUCAUCGAGGAUGGGAUGGUGGCGCUGGUAACUGCGUAUUACAAGGGAUUUUACACCAGCAAUGAUAUUAAAAUCGGGCCCGACCCCAGCACACGUCGCACAUGGUCAUCGGAGCGAUUCCAAGAGGUGUUAAAGCGGCAAACAAAAACAUGUCUUAAGCAUGCUAUUAAUAUCCAGUCGUACCGGCAGAUUGCUAUUACCAUCAGCCGACAAUUCAUGCAGCCGGCCAGUGCGUUUAUUAGCAAUGUCCAGGACAAGGCCAAGAUUACACAGGCCGUCUUGGAUGCCGACGCCGAGGAGGGCCAGCCAUCCGUCACGUUUGGCGGGCGCCGUCUCUCCAGCAUGGAUUGGCACCGAUUUAUAGCGUUUCCAUCCGCCGCGGAAGCGCCCAGCGCGCUGGGAAAGCGCAAACAUUCGCCGUGGGAGGAGGAGGCGGACGAAAAUCGCGUUCUUCGCUGA